AUGACCAAAUGGGCUGUCGAGCUGGCCGAGCACGACAUCGGCUAUCAACCCCGCAAAGCCAUCAAGGCCCAGGCCUUAGCGGAUUUCCUUGCUGAGGGGCAAGGAAGGAAGCGGGGCGGGUCUGCUACUCAUUUCACCUACCGGGGAAGAACUGACCUACGCCCUCCGAUUGGACUUCCCCGCGUCCAACAACGAGGCCGAGUACGAGGCCCUGCUCACGGGAUUGCGGAUGGCCCACCAGAUGGGAAUAACCGCGAUCCAGGUCAGGAGCGACUCACAGCUCGUCGUCCUUCAAGUCCUUGGGGAGUACGAAGCCAAGGACGAGGUUAUGAAGAAGUACCUGGCCAAAGUACGAGAGGCGGUGGCCUUGUUCGAAACGUUCGAGAUCGAGCGGGUGCCAAGGUCCCAGAACAAGCGGGCGACGCCCUUUCAAAGUUGGCAUCCUCCUCAUUUGCCCACCUGAGCAAGGAGGUAUUGGUGGAGGUGCUGAAGCAGAAGAGUAUCGAUCAGGUCCAGGUCUUGGCUAUAGACAGCUCGGCCACCUGGAUGACGCCCCUCGUUGACUUCCUCAGCUCGGGUGAUCUCCCCGGAAACAAAGCCGAGGCCCGACGCAUCCAGCUCCGAGCUGCCAAGUACGCCUACGCCGGGGGAACCCUCUAUAGGAGGUCGUACCUGUCUCCCUGGCUAAAGUGCGUCACACCUGAAGAAGGUGAUUACGUCCUGCGCGAAGUCCACGAAGGAAUAUGUGCGGCCCAUGUGGGGUCCCGAAUGCUGGCUAAGAAGUGCCUCCUUCUGGGCUACUAUUGGCCCUCCGUCUUCCAAGACGCAGCGGAUCUGGUCCAGAAAUGCCGAGCCUGCCAGGUGCACGCUUCGCUGCGCCAUCAGCCAGCUCGGGAGAUGGUCCCCAUCCACAGUCCUUGGCCCUUCGCCCAAUGGGGGAUAGACCUCCUAGGUCCCUUCCCCCGAGCCCCGGGAAGAUAUGAGCACCUCGUGGUAGCCAUAGACUACUUCACGAAGUGGGUGGAAGCGGAGCCCCUGGUCUCUAUCUCGGGGAAGGCGAUCCAGAAAUUCUUUUGGAAGAACAUAGUUUUGCCGGUUUGGGAUUCCGCAUGUCCUGAUAUCUGA